AUGGAUACCGAAAUCGACCAAACGACGCUUGAUUUGAUACUCCAGCUGCAGCUGCAAGAUACUCAAAUUUUGAUUAAAGGAAAGCAGCGAGAAGGCGAGCAAUCCGACGCCGAGCUUGCAGCAGAGCUGUAUAAGCAAGAGCUCGAGUCAUUUCCCUCAUUUUGUUAUGACCGCAUCAUGAGCCGCAGUAUCGCUCAUGCGGUUUUGAAAGAUGGUGAAUUAAUUAGUGACCAUGUCUUCAAAGAGAAACAGGCAGCGCGUGACCGAGAGUUUGCUAUACAUGGCGAAUAUCCGGAAGAGAUAUCGCGCAUAGCCACCCCGGAAACAUUCAUGGAUGAAGAGAUGAUUAAGAAGCUUACAGCGCUCUACAUUGGGAAUCACCAGCCUCUGAUUGUCGGAGAACCUUCGUCAAGCCGGGCAACUCCGACUGUUGCAUCGGCUGCCGCCAACGAACAGCGACACUGUGUCUCUUAUGCAUAG